AUGUCGGACACGGAGGAGGUGGUGGAGGAGUAUGAGGAGCAGGAAGAAACUGCUGUGGGAGUCUCAGAAGAGGAGGACUGGCAGGAGGACGAAGACGAGCAGGAAGAUGUAACGGAAGAAGCUGAGGUUGAGGCCGAGGCUGAGGCUGAGGUUGAGGCCGAGGCUGAGGCUGAGGCUGAGGACACCAAUGUAGAAGAAGAUGGACAGGAGGAGGAAACCAAGGAAGCAGAAGAUGGCCCAGUGGAGGAGUCCAAGCCCAAGCCCAGGCCAUUCAUGCCCAACCUGGUGCCCCCCAAGAUCCCUGAUGGAGAGAGAGUAGACUUUGACGACAUUCACCGGAAGCGCAUGGAGAAGGACCUGAAUGAGCUGCAGACACUGAUCGAGGCCCACUUUGAGAACAGGAAGAAGGAGGAGGAGGAGCUCAUCUCUCUCAAAGACAGGAUCGAGAAGCGCCGCGCGGAGCGGGCAGAACAGCAGCGCAUCCGCAGUGAGCGGGAGAAGGAGCGGCAGGCCCGGCUGGCCGAAGAGCGGGCCCGGCGUGAGGAGGAGGAGAACAGGAAAAAGGCCGAGGAUGAGGCCCGGAAGAAGAAGGCCUUGUCCAACAUGAUGCAUUUCGGAGGUUAUAUCCAGAAGACAGAGCGGAAAAGCGGAAAGAGGCAAACGGAACGGGAAAAGAAAAAGAAGAUCCUGGCGGAGAGGAGGAAGGCUCUGGCCAUCGACCACUUGAAUGAAGAUCAGUUGAGGGAGAAGGCCAAGGAGCUCUGGCAGAGCAUCUACAACCUGGAGGCUGAGAAGUUCGACCUGCAGGAGAAGUUCAAGCAGCAGAAGUACGAGAUCAAUGUGCUCCGGAACAGGAUCAACGACAACCAGAAAGUCUCCAAGAGCCGCGGGAAGGCCAAGGUCACGGGGCGCUGGAAGUAGAGGCCAUCUUGUCCUCUUCUGCAGCCCUCAGCACUAGGGGCCUCCCAAGUUCCCCCCACCCCACCUGGACCCAACUCUGUGGAAACUGGGUACUCCAGGCCUGGCCCCUUGCCUGCUUCAUGCCAGUAAUAAAAGCUGUUUUUGGCCCCAA